UGUGACCAAAUCUUGCCAGAUGAACCAUGAAGCGGUCACCUAUCAGCCUCCAUGAGUUGACAUCUACCAGCGAAUCAUGUACCGCAUCAAACUUUUAGGCUGCUUGUCUAUGUUUCUAAUAACGGACAUAAAUGCUUUCCUUUUACGCUCGGGACCUUAAAUGGAACUAGAGAAGCGUCGCCAUGGCGGCUACACGCGGAAUGAACGUCUGUCAACAUCAGACGAUGUUUGAUGAGGAGACAGAUGCGAAACUCUGAACGGGGCUUGAUCUUGUGACCAAGUGUCCCGCCACCUGCUGUUCUAUUUCUUCCAUCUCCAUCCCAAGUGGAGUGGCAAAUGUUGUCCCCUUCGCUCUUCAAACUUCCCCGUACCUCGAAAUACCAUCAUAAAAGCCACCUAUACGAAAGCCAAUUACGAGACGAUUAUCACGUUCGUUCGAACUCGCACUGCAAGAUGUCAGAAAGCCCUACCACUGCUUCACGCAAUCAAAGGGAUCCUGGUAGUCCAACUAUCACGGGAAUUCCAUCCAUCCUAACAGUCCUUCGCGAGCCCGAGUCCUUCUCGACUAUCGAUGAUAGACGAGGGCAACAGUACCGCCAACAAUCUCCGGAGACAGCCUCCAAGUUAGCGCGUGAGACCCUGAUUAGCAUGUGUAAGACCAUUGGUCUUGUCGGCGCGCAGCUCAACAAUGGGACAAAUGAUUCCGACUUCCAGCUAAGGCAGCUUAUUCACUUAGCGCGCAACAUAACCAAGCGGCUUGACAGUCCUGAGCCGAACGGGCAAAACGGACACGCUGGCCCUCCUCGCAUGGACUAGCUGAAGGAUGAUCUGGUUGCUAGAAACAACGAAAUUGUUCAUUUGCAUAUGUGGAAGCCGGCAUACUGGAAGAAUCACGGCGUUUCUGGAAGGCUUGCGAGGAAAUCCCCGGCAUCAUCUAAGGAGAAUGGCUUGCAACCGGACAGGAGGCCACAUGGUAGCAUGGCGCUCACGAAAAAAAAAAGAGGUUUCGAAAUCUUGUAACCCUUUUAUCACUAAGCGAGGUAGCAAGUGGAAGACAUGUAUAGUAGAAAGUGGCUUGAUUCCUCUAAGUGGAAGAUCCGUAUGAUGGUCAUAUCUAUAUACCGUACAAGACGGGUAAUCGGCUUGUGAAAAGCGGUAUCAUACGGCAGUAACCGGCAGCGCCACGUGUGGCGCUGCGACACCUUUCUCAACAGGAUUGAAGAUCAAAAGUUACAAAAUCACAAAAA